AUGGUCCCCAACAAGGAAAACCUGAAGCAGAUCCGGUAUUUACAUAAGGAAUUUGCAGAGUCCUGGGCAGUUCUCAGAUUGGCUGAAGGCUUUGGUGUCAGCACCAUACUCAAAGGCCAGACUCACAGCACAACUUUGAAAGUGAUAGAACCAAACAUUCAUAAAUACACCAAAGAGACAGAGGGAAGGAAUGAAGGAAUCCAGAGCCUGGAAGGAGUAAAGGAGAACUUUGUACUUGUAGCUGCAUCCCUGAAUCAACAGGGGAAGUGGCCAAAGUACUCCACCAGCGAUCAUGGGGGCACCAGAGGAAUUGACAGUCCUGGAUUGCUACAUGAUGAGAAGCUGGAGGAGUUGAAGACCAGAGCGCCAAGUAAUCAAAACUUCAAUAACAAAGUAGUACAGAGGGGACAGGAGUUCUUGGACAGUAUCGGGAACUUCCUAUAUAGAAUUUGA